UAAUUUCUUGAAAGCAUCAUGCGUUGUGUGACGCGGUGUUAAGUUACGUGACCAACCGCAGAGAAUUUGAAUGCGUUCUUGAGAUUAGUAUAGGCAACGAAAUAUGGUCAGUUUAAAACACUAAAUAUUCCGAAAUAUGAAUAUUUUAUACUUAAAAUUGAUGAAACUGACUCAUAUCUUGUGUGUCCGUGUUGGUUUUUGGUGAUUUCCGCCAUUUAAUGGGCUUGCUUUGCCGUUAUUGUUUUUCCUGUUUUUACACUGCGUCACACAACGCGUGACGCUUCAAGAAAUAAUUUUCGUUUUUCCUCGAGACGUGAGCUUGGGACACCUGUGGGACUACAUGUAUUGGAAACGCAAAAUAAGUUUUUCUUCUUCGCUCGCCUAAAUUUAAAAUAACUUUACGUAAAUAAAAUAAAUGAAAAUAUGAGUUGCCCGUUUACUUACUUUUAAAUUAAUUUUUAUAAUUAUCAUUAGUCACAAAUUAAUAAAAUAUCUACUUCUUUAUAGGUGCCGACUUCUGACAUAGAAGCCCCGAAUUGUAUUUCACUAUUCGCGGCAGUGUUGGAUUAUUGGGUGAUUUUAAAACCUUAUACAUUUGUAUUAUUUGGAUCUGAAAAGUUACUUCAUUUAUUAUUCACUGGAAAAUCGGUUAACCGGCAGCACGGCGUCUUUAUAUGGGAUUUUCCUAUGACAACACUUAUGCUAAAGAUUUUUUCUUCUUUUGAAAUGAAAUUUUUAGAAGGUACUGUCUAAUGGGACAAGAAAUAUAGGGCAAUGGGAUAUACGGCAUAGAAUGAAAAAUAAAAACAACGCUGAUGUAGUCUCGUGUUCGCAGUUCACGCAAAUGUUUUGAAAUAACUUUUAUGUGGAAACGGUUGAAAGCAGUUGGCAAGAAGUUUGCUGUUUGCGGUAAACACAUUUCUUAACCGCAUAUAUUAAUGAAUAGACAGGUUUUACUUUGGAAAAAUUCAUUUAAGCCUAGUAUUUUUCUUAAAACAAAACGGUCCAACUGCCUUCCUUUCACGGUACCGUUCUUAAAAAUCAGUCGCCUAAUUGCCACCUGGAUUUUUUCUUAUUCAUUUAUUUCACUUUGUUACUAAGACUUAUUAUAAGCGAUGUUCUAUCUUAGGUUUCUCUUUUUCUCUUCUCAAGUCUUUCCUCUCUGUUCUAAGGAAAUUCAAUGGAACUGUCCAUAAUUCAUUGAAGAACGUAUUUUAAUUUGUCGCAUAAUUUUCACUGAAGGAGAUGACACCAUGGCCACUGCAUCGUCUCUAUUUAAAUCUGAGGAAAAGGCCAAUUAUUAUCGAUUGUACUGCCUUCUUUCGGAUGUAGGAUCACAGGUCCUGAGGAACACGUUUCAAAGAGUUCGUCCACCAGGAGCCCUUGAAUGGUUUUCAGCUGACCCUCAAAGACAUGCCAAGCUACUAUCAUUCCGACAGAAAGAGGUCAUUAGCCUGUCUGACUGGGAUAAACUUUACCCAGCUGUAAGUUCAUCAGUUACAUCCGAUGAAUUCAAAAUCGAACUUCUUGGAAUUCUUCUAGUAAGCAUUUGUAACCUUGACGCACCUGCAACCGGUUGGAAUAGAUUCCCUCCCAUGUCAGACUCGUCUGUUCAGGCUGACAUUACUCGCCUACGGUUCUAUCAUUACAAUGUGAUAGGCUCUUAUCCCAUACAGGCUUCAAUCAACGAUGCAUUGUUUAAUAUCUGUUGGAAGAAUGUCAAAAUGGUGUUAUUGCGCUUAGGAGGAGCAGUCUAUGAGGAUCCCAUCAAUCAUUACAGAAAUAAAACUUUGGAGGACGUUGAUGAGAGGGUUUACAGGGAGUUCCCUCGAGAACCGAGGAAAGGUUCUUUGUACAACAUGUACAAAACUUUACAAAAGUCGCUCACGUUAGGUGGUUCAGAAGCAGUAAAGGCAACAGCGAGAAAAAGGGACACGGUUCCAGCCGAAAUUUUUGCACGCGGCCCUUUUACUCCAUAUGCUUAUAGAGGGGCCCUUAUGGAAGGAAAGGCAAAGGUAAAAAGGUUGUCAAUAAUUCUGAUCGGACAAGAACGAGCGGGGAAGACCAGUUUGAAAAGGUCACUAAAGGGACAACCAUUCAAUGCGAAUCAAGAAAGUACCCAAGGAAUAGAGAUAGAUCGUUCCUAUUUUAAAUUGGUCAAAGAGACUUGGGGUUCAUAGAAACUGGACUUUCCAGGCACUUCAUUCGACCAUAUCAUAGCCCGAGCUGUCGCGAAUGACUUGACAGGUGAUAACGAGACAACCGGAGCUACAAGCGGGUUUCCCACUAGAGUUGAAGGAACACCUGAGGCACAUCACGAUCUGCGGAUAAGUCCUGAAAAUUGUGGAGCUACGUGCAACAGUAAGGAUGCAAAUAACUCUGAUUAAGUACAUAGGACGUCCUCAGUAACCGAUCCUGGCAUGCCCGAUGAGUUAGUGCCCUUGCUAACAAAGGUAAUUUGCAAAGAUACAAGGUCAAAUGACCAACAAGAAAUAGACUCCAUUCUGUUUGAUUUUGGCGGACAGCUGGUUUACUAUGUUACUCAUCCUCUUUUUCUAACCCCAAGAGCUAUCUAUCUCUUGACGUAUGAUCUCAGCCGGAAUCCUAAUGAUCGAGCUAGUCAAUGGAUGACAGAGGGAAGGUCAACGAAACGAGAGGAAAGUUUGUGUCUUGACACCAAUUGGGAUUACUUGGACUCUUGGUUGUCAUCUGUGGCAUCCCUUGCCAAUCAAAGUUGUCUUAAUGAGGCGAGUAGUCGUAAUUCAGAAAAUAUGCCAGAAAAGCUCCCUGCUGUUUUAUUAGUCUGUACUCAUGCUGAUCGACCCUAUUGUACAAAUACUGCCUCCUCACUUGCGGCUGGGAUCUUUGAAUCUCUUCAAGGGAAGCCGUACAGUGGUCACCUGUAUAAAGGCGUUUUUGCAGUGGAUAACACUAAGUCAGGUCGCUGGUUUUGGUGCCCAGAAGUAAAACGUUUAAGGAAAGCAAUUCUUGAUGUCGCUAAUGAGUUACCGCAUUCCGAAGAGGAUCUCCCUAUAAAGUGGCUAAAGUUUGAAAAGGAACUGAAAGCCAAGGUUGAGGAGGGGCACAGAUGGAUCACUUUUGAGUCUGCAAGGCAGACUGCAUUUGGAAGGUGCCACAUUUCUGAUGAAAAAGAGUUUCUAAAGUUAAUGAACUAUCUACACAACCAGCGGAUUGUUAUUCAUUUCGCUAACACGCUAAGCCUAAAUGAAUUGGUUGUGCUGGAUAUUCAGUGGCUAAUCGAUGUCUUCAAGAAGGUGAUUACUGUUGAGCCGCACGGUGUGGAAGGAAGUCAAUGUAGAGAACGUUGGCUCAAAUUUGCAAAAACUGGAAUUCUCGAUGAGGAACUGCUCGAGCACUUGUGGGGUGAUUUGAACAAGCAGAAGGAAACCAUUCAAAGCCUUACUAAAAUCAUGGAGAAGUUCAGUCUAAUGUGCACAUGGCCAUCGUUAAAUGGAAGGAAGCAAUACCUUGUACCGUCAAUGUUAAUAUCUCAUCCUUCCGAAGAAGUUAAAAGCCUUGUUGCAUCCUCGCGACUUCCGUCUUUGUAUAUCUCGUUUCAUUCCUGUCAAGUACCCACAAGCUUGUUUCCGCGAAUGGUUCUACAGUUUUACCAGUGGUGCUCAGAGGAAUGGCCAAAUCUUUACCAACCUCAACUUUAUCACAAUUUUGCUAGGUUCCUGAUCUUGCCCGAAGAAGGUUGUUCUAUAAUACUUCUCUCCCACUCUUCCUUCAUCGAAGUUGUCGCUCAUCAGGCAACAGGUAUUUGUGAUGCCUCAAACGGAUCGGGUGGAAACUCCGAUUUCCCCACCAGUGUGACUGAACACACUUCCGAUGUACUCGUUGCACGGGCCGUUAGACGACAAUUAGUGUUGAUGCUGGAAUGUAUGCGCAAGGAGUUCCCUUGGUUGAAGGACAUGAAAUGGAAGCUAAAAGUGCUCUGUUCAGUGUGUUGCCGUGGGAAUUCUGUUAUUUACUGUCGCGACCAUGGCGUCAAAGGUUGUAAGAAGGAGCAGUGCUUGCACUUCUGGUCAGAAGCCAAUUUUGCUACAGAUCAACAAUUUGUGGUUUGUGACAGGUCUGCCUGUGCUGCCGAUCUCAGACUGGACAUCAGGAAGUUUGCACCGUGGUUCAACUUUCUAGAAGUGCAGCAGGUGCAAGUUGACCGUGAUUGGUGUUCUUCAAAGAAACUUAGUUCGUCAAAAGAGAAAGAAGCAAAGGAACUUGUUCUCUCCAGUGGUGCUAUUGAUUUCCUUCACUCGACUUCUAAUGCUUCAAGUGUCGUCGUUCCAAUUCUGAACAAGCUGCAGUUAAGCCAAGAGGCAUUGACAAAUCCUUUACCUGAAACCACGAGAAUAGUCCGUUCUUUGGUUAGAGUAGCUAAGAGGGAAAAUCGCUAUGACGUAGUAAAGCAUUUAAAGGAAAUGACUCCAGCUGGAACCGCAGGUCCAAUUUUACCGGAAGAACUUGAUCUGCUGAACAUCUCUCCAUCGAAGUUGAAGGAACUAGCGAUCAACUUGUGUGGUAAAACCGUUAACUAUCCAUCGUAAUUAGGAUUGCAUUAUAUUCUGUGUUUGGAUGUUCUGUUUCAAUGUUAAAGGUACGACUUGAACCAGAGCUGUAAAGUUGUCUUCAGUGGCAGUUUUUACGUCCCUGACAGCCUCUUCCAUAAAAUGUUAUCAUGGAAAGUUAAACCGAAAAAAGGCCAAACUGAAAGGCUUUAAAAUCAUAUUACCCUGGUCUAUAGGUACUCUUGUAACUUCCCAUGAAACGUAUUACACUGUUAUUUCCAAAUGACAUUGAUCACUCGACCUCGUACCUGACAAGUGGUUACUACUACGCUUUAUUACUCGACUCGGGCAGUCAGAGGGCCAAUAACUAAAAUCAACCAAU